AUGGUCAAAUACACCGAAGAACAACUCCUUACAAUCAAGGAUGAACAAACCUACGUCCCGCAACCGCAGAUCCUCGCAGCGUUCAACGAGAUGAUUGAACAAGUUAAAGAACACGCAAUCCAACAACAACAACAACAAGCACCACCACAAUCGUCGUCACAGCAACAGCAGAAAUGGAGAAGCGGCGAUACGUACAUCGACGAACGCGGCAACGAGAGAUCGUACCAGCACAUGAACCGCCGCCGUGGCUCUAGGUCCGGUAAUGGCGAAAAGAAGCCGUUUGUGAAGAAGAGCAAGGAGGUGGUGAAGGAUGAAGAUGGAUGGGAGACGACGUUGACGAACACGACAGCGGCUCAUCGUGGUAGUGUGGGUGAAGAUGGCAUCGAUGAGCGGAAUAUGUUUGGUGAUGCCGUUGGUGGUGGUUCUGGCGCGGGCGAAAAGGGUUCGGGUUCGGGUUCUGGCUCGGGCGUCGGUGUUAGAGCUAGACCGAAUAAUAAGAAUUUGGGUAGUUCCAAAGCUGUUGAUCCUCGUGAGAUUGUCAGUGAUAAACAGACUAGAUCGUUCAAUGCCUUUGCGGCGCUAGAGGGUGACGACGAUGAUGACGAAGAAGAGGAAGAAUAA